GUCACUUAUGACUCUGUGAGGUUAUGUUUAUGUAUUGUUAGACUACUUAAUUUAUUUAUUUAAUUGUAAAUAAGAUUCUCUGGUUGUUAAUUAUUUUAUUAGUGCUAGAAUGGAAAAUAUAGAUUAAGUAUUAUAUUAUUUGAAAAUAAAUAAAUAAUAGUGGAUGUGCUAUUAAAAUAAAUAUGUCCAAUAAGUCAUUUAGGAGGAGAGUUGAUGUCUGGUGAUUAUUAUAAUAAAAAACUAUUGUAUCUGCUAGAUUGUUACAAUGUAUAUCUUUACGAAAACUCUAACAGUUUUUAAGCAAUUAAAAAAAAUAGCUCGCUAUGAAUCAAGACAAUACACACAAAUUAGGAGUGCACCAGUGGCAGAGACAGAGUCAAGUGAAGGGACUCAUGAAGAUACUAACAAUGAAGAUCAGCAGUGGCCUCGGAGAAUAGUCACAGGGCUGCAGCCCACAGGAUCCCUCCAUGUUGGAAAUUAUUUCGCAGCCAUAAAGCGUUGCGUCCAACUACAAGAUAAAGGUGAAGAUGUGAUGGUAUUCAUUGCAGAUCUGCAUGCCUUAACAACAAGACAGGUCCCGGCGGAGGGAUCACUGCAGGAGCGGUCGCUGGAGUUGGCGGCGCUACUGCUGGCGGGCGGCGUGCAGCCAGAACGCUGCGUGCUGUUCACGCAAUCGGCCGUGCCGCGUCACGCAGAGCUGUGCUGGCUCCUGGCCUGCCUGGCCACGCACGCGCGCCUGGCGCAGCUGCCGCACUACCGGGAGAAGUCGGCCGCGACGCGCGAGGUGCCCGUGGGCCUGCUGCUGUACCCCGUGCUGCAGGCGGCGGACGUGCUGGUCUACCGCGGCACGCACGUGCCCGUGGGCGCCGACCAGCUGCAGCACCUACAGGUCGCCGCGCAGCUCGUGAAGACCUUCCACCACCGCUACGGACCGACCUUCCCGACGCCGCGAGCCCUGCUACCCGAUGACGGCAGCGACCGAGUGCGCAGCCUACGGGACCCCACCAAAAAGAUGUCCAAGUCGGACCCCGACCCCAAGUCCAGGAUCCUUCUCACUGACUCCGACGACGACAUCAACUUAAAGAUCAGAAAAGCCGUCACCGACUGCGAUGCGCAGGUGACCUACGAUCCGACACGGCGGCCGGGUGUCUCCAACCUGGUGCGGCUACACUGCCUGGCCGCCGGGCUGCUGCACGAGGAGGCCGUGUUAGAGGCGCAGGGGCUCACCACGGCACAGUAUAAGAGCGUGGUGGCGUCCGCGUUGAGCUCCGCGCUCGCGCCGCUGCGAGCCCGUGCCUCGGACCUCCGCGCCCGCCCUCGCCUGCUCCGCGACGUGCUGCGUCACGGAGCAGCGCGCGCGCGUCGCCGCGCUGACGCCGUGUACGCCGACGUGAGCAAUGCGCUCGCGCUAGUGGACGCGCCCGCCGUCCACCAGCACCCGGCAGCCGCGCAGCGUCGGCCCAGCUAGCUUCACAGCCGGUGGUGAUGGUGCAUAGCAAGCGCGUGAUCGUGCGGCGCGAGGUGCGGCGGCGGUUGCGGCGGAGGCUGCGGUGGCGGUGCGCGCUCUCGCAUCGCUGCUACCAGUUCUCGCAGUAGAUCCACGGCUUGCACGACGGCUUCGGCUUGCUUCUCGGCGGCCAACGCAGUCCGCAUAGCGGCCUCGGCCAGCAGCUCCUCGGUGCUGAGUCGCGGCUCACCAUGCCCGGAGCCCUCGGACGCCAUGUCGUCUUCGUCAGCCGGCCUCCUGUCGUCCGCGUCGUCAGAAACACAGCCGCUGGAGCCUGCGCCCGCCCCCGAGGUCCCGCUUCCUGUUAAUAAAAUAAAAAUAAUAUUUAUAAAUCCGUUGGAAUCCAAAAACAUAUUUAAGUGAAUUUUAGGAAUAAAAUAGCACAUGUUA